GUUGUUCAACCGUGUUUGUUUUCUGUUAAUGGCUCCAGUGGGUUCAUCAGCUCCAGUGGAGCUAAAAACUACUACCGUUGUACAUGGAUCAUCACUGUACCAUCUAACCACACCGUCAAACUGAAAUUUACGAUAUUUCGUCUAUCUGAUGUUCCCUGGCUAUUAAGUGGACCCUGGUUUGGUCAAGCUAAGAUCCACGUCCAUGACGGAAAAAGGAAAACUGAUACCGUACUGGGAGUUUUUACUGGGGCAAGACAGCCCUUCAUCAUACAAACAAGUGGUCGGUUCAUGAUGUUCACUUUACAAAAAUACUUUCGCUGGACCCCAUGUAACUUUAAGGGAAUUUUUAUAGGUUCAAGAAAAGGUAAGCGAAAGUAAUUAGAUAUUAAUAAGAGAAUGAGAACUGCCUAAGAAUGCUAAUUAGCUCCUCAUACUCUUGGACGUCGCAACUGAUGUGGAAUAACCGAAUGCGUCUCAAAAGCGAUGACAAUUUUUCAUACCUUCAAGUAAAUUAAUAAAUUAAAACUAUAUUAAAAAAUGUUCUUCUGAUUGUGACAAUUAAAGCCUGUCACCGUUCAAUACUACAUAAAGAGAAAAGCUUAACGAAAGAAAAACUGUAAAACAGAGGAAUAUUUUACAGAGCAGUCAUCGAUAAAGAUAAAUAAAUAAGUUUUACACUCUAAGAAAAACAAAAUGAAAGAAAAACGAUUAAGAUGUUAUUCCCCCUUGAUCAGUAACACUUAAUCCUUCCUCUGACGGUCUGGUUAAAAUUGAAUGAAUGAAAAAAAAAAUGCGAGAAAUGUAGCGUAAAUGUAGUAUACCAAGGAAACCUUUGCUUCUCAGAAAUAACCAACUGUGACCAAAACAACAAAAAUGCAUAAUUCCAUUCAACUACUGGCCCGGCGGCCUUACUUGAAGGUGCUUUCACAGUUCAUACAUCAGAGCAUUGACUCCAGAAAACGUUGUCAUGUAAACAAACCCCUAGCCUGAAGUGCUUAUUUUAUUGUCAAAAACGUUCUGGGAAGUUGUAGGAGUAAAAUUUUAUAGUACUAUUAGAUCAAACUUUUUCUAUUGACAGUUCAAGAAAACUGACGGUUUAUUGGUAUAUGAUGUUAAACUUAGUUUAAAUGCGCAACGAUUUGAUGACGCGAUUCAAAUCAAGUACGUGAUAUCAUAAAUGCGGCUCCCCUGUAUUCUUUCUAUCAGUCCUUACUAACUAUCAGUUGAUUGUUUCCCGAGUUUGUAAAAUGGGAAGUUUUACAACAAUGUGAGAUAGUAUUGAAACGCUUAAAUUUCAAAGGGAUGGCCUGAAACGAUAACACGAGGCAUAUCUGACUUACGGAAAACCAAUUUCAGUUACAGUGUAAAUUAAAAGUAUACCCGUACUUAUCUCAAACGUCGAACUCACGAAUACCCUCCAAUCUAGCUACUAACAAUUUUGAGUAUCUUUUAGCGUGAUGUUCUACAAGAGAGUAAUAACUUAUCUUUUGGGAGUCUUAUUUAAGUAGAUUUAAUCAACUCUAAUUUAAUUAACUUGCAACCUGAUAUGACUUGAAAUCGGGACAUCUUAAAACCUGCUAAAUUUUCUUUUUCAGAAAAGCCGAGGAUAAUGGUACCGUUGAAGGAGUUGCGAACUGUACCAGAGCAUUAUCUCUGGUUUCUUCUGGAAGGUACCCCACCGAUUAACUUGACUCUAAUGAAUACAUCAACAUCUUUGAAGGGCGGUUUGGUCAUAAAAGGAUUCCAACUAAAUCGGACGGGUACCUACCAAUACACUCUGCUGGCAGAAAAUGAAGAAGGAAGUGAUUCAAAAACGGUUGAAGUAACCGUUGUCGGUAAGGAUUCAAUAACAAUUAUAGUAGUUUGCACAAACACUGGUGUUGGAUUUAGUUCUUAUUUUGUUCGGUGGUGAUUCACUUCCAUUCGGUGAAAAAAGAAAUGCAAGAAUAUUUAGACUAGUUGCCCUUGUACAUAUUUCGCCAUUGUUUUGAACACGGGUAAUUUGUGUCCAUUAAGGUUUGCAAACAAAAAAAGAUUUACCAAAAUAUAGAAAAUUUGGGUUUCAUCCUUAGUCAAUGAGUACACAUGAAAAUUGGUUAUUGACUUUUAAGUGUAUCGCUGUCUUGAAAAAUUCCUUUACAAAUUGCCUCAUUCAUGCGUCUAUUCUUUUUGCAGAUUGCAAGCAUUUGUGUAACAGUACAGGUUCGAUAACACGUUUUGGCCAAUUAACUAACGAACACGACUGUAGAAGAAGCAACAUAACAAAUAACUGGAAUUGCAUUCCAACUACAGCCACUAAAUUGUAA